AUGCCUGGACGAGCAGCUAUCCCUGUACGCGGCAAGGAUAGCCGCGGUCGUGCAACACAAGUCCGUGAAAUUACGGCAAGCACGCCGUGGCGCAGCAGUUUGGAUCUUGUAUGGUCUUAUUCGCGCUCCCAAGCGUACUUUGGAGAUAAUAUUACUACCUCGCCGAGCUUUGUCGACCGACGCUGGCGCGGCCCUUCCGAAGCGGGCGCAGAGAUCGAGGCUGGGUACCACCCCGAGCUUAGCGAGUGGCGCACGAGUGCGGUUUCCGGGGGAGAUGCCUCAUCGGGCGAGGAAGACACCUACUUCGACCAAGCGCGCGUACGCGAUCGAGUCACCACUUCGCUGGAAACGGAGCAGUAUUGGCGUACGCUGCACGACGAGCAAGACCUUGAUUUAGAGCGCGGCCGGCCCAUGCACAAGACGGAGCGUAAAGAAGGCUUGCGUGAUGGCCAGGAUGAGAGUGCGAGUGACAGCAGUAGCCGGAGUCGGAGUAUGAGCCCCAAGCGUCUUGGGCUAUACCCCCGCUCAAACGUCCGACCCCAAUACUCUGCUGACGACCAUGCACCAAGCUGCCCGCCGCGCGAUUCCUCCACGUUUAUGAGCACGCGACAGCGCUCUUCUUCGCGGCACCAAACACAACUGCGUUCUGCGGCCCCACAACUGCUCGAUCCGUACCGUAUCGACGAGCAGGCGCCCUUGCUGCGUGGCAGGAACCAGGUGCCAGUCUACAUGAAUAGCGUGCGUGAUAAAAGCCACGGCCACCGUGUGUCACAGCCUGCGGAAGUUAACGCGCCGAGUUCAUAUGCGAAAAGCACCUUUUGGCAGACGUGGUUCAAUACGGUAAAUGCAAUCGUCGGCGUGAGCAUCCUCUCGAUGCCCCUUGCAUUUGCAAACGCUGGCUGGGUCGGUGGCGUGGUCAUCUUUCUGCUCUGCGGCUGGGUGACUAACUACAGUGGCAAAGUGCUCGUGCGGAUCCUCGCGCAGCAGCCGCAUUUACACACGUAUGCUGACAUUGGCAGCUACGCCUUUGGCCCCAAGAUGCGGACCUAUAUCAGUUUCUUGUUUUGCUUUGAGAUGUGGAUCGUCAGCGUCGCGCUCGUCAUCCUCAUGGGCGACAAUCUCUCUACACUCGUGUUUGGCAGCGUGGGCAAUGCGUGGGUAGCGACAGGAUCCAAGGUGCUCUGCUUUGUGAUUGUGUCGCCCACGUUGCUCAUGCCGCUCUCUUUUCUCUCACCAGUCUCGCUGAUUGGGAUCGUGAGCAUUCUCGUGCUCUUUGUUGUGAUUAUGAUCGAUGGCGUGGUCCAGAAACACGCGCCGGGCAGUCUAUGGGAGCCAGCACAAACAUUUUUUUUUUCUUCAUGGACGCGAAUGCCCAUAUCGUUUGGGCUCGUCAUGGCUGGCUUUUCCUCGCAUCCUGUUAUACCCUCACUCUACCGCGACAUGAAAGAUCCCAGCCAGUUUGACAAAAUGCUCGAUCUUGCGUAUCUCACCGCGGCUGGACUGUACUUCUCUGUGGCCACAAUUGGCUAUCUUAUGUUUGGCAGCGCGGUCUCUGACGAAAUUACGCGCGACUUGGCAAGCACGGCUGGAUACCCCUAUCUGCUAACGAGCUCGGCGGUGCUGCUCAUGACCAUCAACCCGAUGACCAAGUUUUCACUCGCACUGCGCCCAGUGUACACGUCUGCAGAGCGCUGGCUAGGCAUCCUCGAAGGCGUCGUUGCUGCCGUUCCGCGCCCCUCGGAAAAUAGCCAAAGUAUCGACUCGCGCGAGGAGCCUGACUAUGCUGCGGCCGCUGCUUCUGCCAUUGGCGAUGCACGCGUGCCUGUUUCAGAGCCACGCAGGCGAAUAAUGGCUGCACUGGUCCGUACAGGCCUCGCUGUAAGUGCGUUGCUUGCGGCGAUCAUCGUGCCGAACCUGGAGCGUGUGAUGGCAUUCCUCGGCGCAUUCCUCACUUUCAAUACGUGUAUUCUCGGGCCGCUCCUGGCGAACAUGACCCUGUUCCGCUCGAAGCUGUCGAACUUUGCUCUCGUGCGCGACUUGCUCAUUUUAAGCGGCACGUUUGUCCUCGCCAUGGCCGGAACGCUCGGCGCACUGUGGCCAAGUCGUACGUAA